CUCUUUUCUGUUUCUAUCUUUUUUACACUUUUUCUAUCUCCUAUUGCAUCCAUACUUUUCUACCAUUCAUUUUUACUUGGACGUUUGCAAUCCUGCGCCUACUUUAUAAGAACUAAAAGCGCCAAACAGCAACUUUACACACUUUCUUCUAACCAACGACAAUGGGAAACGGUGCCAAGGCUCAGCAAAAGCGUGAACGUUCCGCAAAAAACGCGCCAAAGGAUGCCAACAGCCAGCUUAAAGUCAAUGCUCAGGCGCAGUCGAUCAAAUGCAACGUUUGCUUCAGCACUUUCUUGUGCACUACUCGUGCCAAACAGUUGGAAGAACACUCAAUGGAGAAGCACAGCAAGAAACUCGGCGAUUGUUUUACAAACUAUAAGGAAUAGUCAAAGAAAAAGUAAACUAAAAAAACCUCAUAAUUUUUUCUUUAAAGUUAAAAAAUCAACCAGAUAAAAAAUCAAAUUAUUUAUUAUUAUUG